AUGGCACAAUAUCGACCUUUGGUGAUGUUGGUGUUGGGGAUAACAUUCAUUUAUUGGAUAAUCUCGCUACAUUCCGCGCCUUACCCAUACCCCCAAAAUAUUGUAUACGCUCAAGACGUGAUAUUUGGAAAUUCGGGGUUUUUAAAACCAGAUGAAGUGUUUAUAUAUGUUCAAGACGGAUGGGUUUAUUUGACGGCUAUGUGGAAGGAAUAUGAGUCUGGAUUGGUGGAUGAUGUUUUUGAGUGGCAGCUUCUGUACAUUCAUCGCUUAAGAGGGCCGAUAACCCACGUAUCGAGUUACUACCAUAAAAACAAUCCGAACCCAACAUCAGAUUCGGAAUAUAAUGAGGACAACGCGUUGGCGAUAUUGUAUCAGAUUCAAGCCAAUGAGGAAAUUCAAUAUAUCUUGAGGUUAUAUAAUUUAGGAGAUGUUGAGAAUAAAGAGAGUGAUCUUGAUGAUCCCGGUAAGGUUCAUAGGUAG